UAAAGGGUUUUCCUUCUGUCAUGUGACUUUAGCAUAUGCUCUGAUCAAAAAUUAAUUUCUCUAUCCCAUUUAUUUCACUGACCUUUCUUCUCUGCCCAUCUCUUCAUUUACAAACACAAGCCUCUUCCCCUCCCCACCCCACACCCCCCUCUUUCUCUCUCUCUCCCUUCUCUCCAUUAGUUUCUCAAUAUCUUGUGUUAUAUAAAGGCAGAACCAACUUUCCUCUUCUUUGCUGAUUUCACUAUAUACCCAAUGGGACGAUCACCUUGCUGUGACAAAGUGGGUUUGAAGAAAGGACCAUGGACACCCGAAGAAGAUCAGAAACUCUUAGCUUACAUUGAAGAACAUGGUCAUGGAAGCUGGCGUGCCUUGCCGGCAAAAGCCGGUCUUCAAAGAUGUGGGAAGAGCUGCAGGCUUAGAUGGACUAAUUAUCUACGACCUGAUAUUAAGAGAGGAAAGUUUAGUUUGCAAGAAGAACAGACCAUCAUUCAACUCCAUGCCCUUUUGGGGAACAGGUGGUCGGCUAUAGCCACUCACUUGCCAAAGAGAACUGAUAAUGAGAUCAAAAACUACUGGAAUACUCAUCUCAAGAAAAGGUUAGCCAAAAUGGGAAUUGAUCCAGUCACUCACAAGCCAAAAAGUGAUGCUUUACUCUCCACUGAUGGUCAAUCCAAGAAUGCAGCAAACCUUAGCCAUAUGGCUCAAUGGGAGAGUGCUAGGCUUGAAGCUGAAGCUAGGUUGGUUAGAGAAUCAAAGCUACGUUCAAAUUCACUCCAACAUCAGCUGAACCCUCCAGGUUAUGCUCCUUCUGCUUCUGCUUCUGCUUCUGCUUCUACUUCAGCUGCCCAGCUUGUGAAUAAGACAGCUUGGAACAGUGGCUGGACAAAAUCCAGUGAAGGUAAUACUGGUGUUUUAAACAGUACUGGACUUGGGGCUGCUGGUGACCUUGAGUCUCCUACAUCUACACUUACUUUCUCAGAGAAUGCACCUCCAAUCAUGAGUACCGGGCUAGGCGUGAGUUCAAUGCCCAUGAUUGAGUUUGUUGGCACUACUUCUGGCUCAUCAGACACUGGAAUCAUCAAAGAAGAAGGUGAACAAGACUGGAAAGGCCUUGGAAGUUCAAGUAAUUUGCCUGAAUACAAAGACGGUAUGGAGAAUUCUCUAUCAUUCACUUCUAGCCUUCAUGAUAUGACAAUUUCCAUGGAAGGAGGAUGGACUCCGGAGUCUUUGAGGCCAAAUAAUGGCCUUGUUAAUGUUGGGAAUGUAAUGGAUGAAGGCUUCACUAAUCUUCUUCUUAAUGAUUCCAUGGACCGGAGUUUAUCAGACAGUGGCAAAGAAUCUGAUGAACACAGUGGAGGCAGUGGUGAUGGAAGUGACUACUACGAAGAUAAUAAGAACUAUUGGAACAGCAUUCUUAAUUUGGUGAACUCUUCCCCAUCAGAUUCACCAAUGUUCUAAAGAAGUUGAUCACAACCACAAUCCUUAGCCCAAGUCAAAAAGCCAUUAAUUAUAUUUUAUUUGUUCUCAAGCAGUGCAAAUACCAUCAGCUAAUUUUUUUUCCCCACAACUUAAGUGUGCACGUGAUGGUUAAUUUGCUACCAUGCUUCGCUGAUCAUAUCGCUAUAUCCCUAUCAGAAAGCAACAAAUACAGCUUUGAGCCGCUCUCUCACUCUUUGCCUUUCUACAAAAUGAAAUGUUGAUAGCUUUUCAAUU